CGGGGAUCCCGGGGCCGGCUUGAUCCGUGCAUUUCUAGAAAUUAGAAUCACGAUUCUUCAUGAAGUCUUUGAGGUUGCAAUUGUGACACAGGGCCAUAGCAAUGACGAGCAUUGGCGUUGGGACACAGAGGGCACUGCCAAAGCCGCGGGCAUUGUCCACUUUCUUCUUGAUAAUGCUCGCUUCAUCUGGCAUUGUGACGUGAAGAAAUCAACUUUGGUGGAUACGGCACGGAGCGCUCCUGCAUUGCUGCCCCCAUCAGAUAACUCUGAAGAGAGGCAGAUCUUGAGAUCAGGAGCGAGUGUCCUUUGGCUCUAGUCUUCAGAGAGCAGGGACCUGUCCAACCUGUGCACUUGCAAUCCACCCGCUAUUUGCGAUCUGAGGGCCGGGCAUAUGGCCACUUGAUACGUGCUGCAAUUUCUUGGUGGUUGCCAUCUGGGAACACCUUCGCCCGCUAAAAUGGGGCAAAGGAAGACUGACGCUGGGUUGCAACAGGAAGAGGGAACCCCCAAGAAGAGAGCACACCUCGUGAACUUUAGGAAAGUUCAGAGCAUAGGGUUGCAAGUGGGAUUCUUUGUGUUGCUGUGUUGGGCCCUGUCGCGCCUUGUGUACGGCGGUACUCUUGAUGCUGGCACGGCAUCGAGAGGUUGGAAGGAGUUCCGAACGAGAUGGGUGCUGCCGCUGAUGCAGCCAGUGCUCAACUUCCUGGUGGGGGCGUUCCUGCUCCAGAGUGUUGACAAGGUGUUGCUGGUAGCGGCCGGUGUGUACCUCGGGUUGCGGCGGUCCGGGAAGGCGGGUGCCCCUUCUGUGGCAGCUGCCACCACUCAGGACGAGGGGACGGUGGUGGGCAUGCCAGCGUAUGAGCCGGCUGUGGUGGUGCAAAUCCCCAUGUGCAACGAGCGGGAGUGCUACCGUCAGAGUAUCACCGCGGCGUGCAGGCUGGACUGGCCCCAAGACAAGCUUGUGAUACAGGUGUUGGACGACUCCGACCAGGACGACGUGCAGGCGCUCAUUCACGAGGAGGUAGACGCCUGGCGCGCAACGGGCGCCCCCAUCUUCUACCUGCACCGCGCGGUGCGGGCGGGGCACAAGGCGGGCAAUCUGGCACACGGCAUGCAGGACCCCUCCGCCAAGCACUGCGAGUUUGUGGCCAUCCUGGAUGCCGACUUUGUGCCAGCCAGCGACUUCCUCCGGAGGACAGUUCCGCACUUUGAGGGACAGCCGAAGCUGGCGCUAGUGCAGGCACGGUGGGCGUUUGUGAACCCGCGGCAGAACCUGCUGACGCGCUUCCAGAACAUCCACUUCGCGUAUCACUUCGAGGUGGAGCAGCAGGUGCAGGGCCACUUCAACAAGUUCUUUGGCUUCAACGGCACCGCCGGCGUCUGGCGGGUGCAGGCGCUGCAGGACGCGGGCAGCUGGAACGACAGGACCACAGUGGAGGACAUGGACCUGGCAGUGCGCGCCCACAUGCUCGGCUGGGAGUUCACGUUCCUGAACGACGUGCGGGUGCCGUCGGAGCUACCCGCCAGCUACGUGGCCUUCUGCAAGCAGCAGCACCGCUGGUAUGCAGGCCCCAUGCGGCUGUGCCUGCUGACGGCCGGCUCCACGCUGGCGUCCCGCACGCUGACGGCGUGGCACAAGUUCAACCUGCUGGCGUGCUUCUUCGGCCUGCGCCGCCUGGUGCUCCCCCUCGCGGCGUACCCCCUCUUCUGCCUGCUGCUCCCCGCCACCGUGCUCGUCCCCGAGGCCACCGUGCCCGCCGCCGUCGUCUACGCCAUGCCCCUCCUCCUCGCCUUCCUGCACUGGCUCCCGCACCCCGGGUCGUGGCCGCUGCUGCUGCCGUUCCUGGUGUUUGAGAACGUGCUGUACCGCAUCAAGUUCCAGGCCAUCGUGAGCGGCGUGCUCGGCUUCAAGGGCGCCUCCGACUGGGUGGUCACCGCCAAGACGGGCGCCGUGCAGGAGGCCGACGAAUUCGACGACGAUCUGGACGGCGGCCUGGAGGACGUGCCGGAGGGUAUCGAAGUCGAAGACGGCGCGCUCGGGGAGGCGCGCGACGGGGACUCGGUCAGCCCGUGCUCGGCCAAGUCGGUGGACGCGUUUGUGGUGCACGCGGGCAGCGAGAGCAGCGACCAGCUGGCGGCGUACGACCUGCCGCCGCUCGCCGCGGGGCUGACCGUCAGGACCGGGCGGGAGCCGAGCGUGAUGGGGGGCAAGAAGGGGGCGUUCCGGAGCGCAAGCCUGCCCCCCCAGAUGAAACGGCAACUGUCGGGCGCUGCUGAGCGCGCUCUGCUGAGUCCGAGCGCGAGCAGGAGACGGCCGGGGGGCACCCCGCGGAAGGGCGACGCGGCGUCGCUGCUGACACCCCGCGGCCGCGAGGUGGCGCUGAAGCGGCUGGAGCGGACGCUCUCGCGGCUGCCGUCCAUGCAGCAGGUGCGGCAGAGGGUGACGUGGGCCAGCUGCAAAAGGUUCUGGGCGGCGAGAAAGGUGCAGGGGCCGGAGAUGGGGAUGGCCGCUUAUAUGCUGGGCGCAGCGGCGUAUGGCGUGGCUGUGGGCGACACGAGGUAUACGCUCUUCCUCGUGGUGCAGGGAACGGGGUUCCUGGUGGCAGGCCUGGACCUGCUGGGCUGCUGACGAGCGCAGAACUUAAUACAGGGCACAUACGGACGGAUUCGAUUUGAGGCGUUUCGCCACGAGAUAUUGCAAUUGUUUGUGAGAGGUGAUUACGGCUGACUGCCCGAGGUUAAGUAUAAGCUACAACACAUAACGGUACAGAGCUAGUAUGAGAGACGAAAACGUGUUGCAAGCGCGUCAAAAAACUCAUUUUAACUGUACAGACGAUAGUUUUGAUCUCGAGUAUAAGAUGGAGAGGACGUUGUCUUCGAAAAGUGCGCCAACUGCGCAUGUGGUCAAGCAUUCCGGGAUGUUGAGCUUCAAUUUGAAGAACCUUGAUCAAGAUCGGUGUGGCCGUUCACAUUAGAAGGGCAGGCUACGCGUCACUGUAAGGCAAAACCUUAAAGGCUAACUUUUGCAGACCUUCAAGUCAAAGGUUGAUGCUAAUCAUUACCCU